CCCAAUCUAAACUGUUUGAGAAAGCUGUAGCCCACUAGAAGCUUCCCAAAACAUACCCCUAUAUAUACCAGUCCCCAACGUCCAAUCCUCCAUCACCAAGAUCGAGCCAGCUAGAGCUAGCUAUAGGCCUAUAGCUAUAGCUUAGAGCAUCAGCAAUCGAUCGAUCGAUCGAGCCAUGGAGGCGCCGCUGCACCAGUCGCCAGUGCCGCUGCUCCCGCCGCCGCCACCGCCGCCGCGCGUCGUCGGCGUGCAGCAGCAGCAGCAGCAGGAGGCGGUGGUGCCGCCGCCGCCGGCGAUGGCGGCGGCGGCGGGGGGAGGAGGGAGGGAGCAGUGCCCGCGGUGCGCGUCGAGGGACACCAAGUUCUGCUACUACAACAACUACAACACGGCGCAGCCGCGGCACUUCUGCCGCGCCUGCCGCCGCUACUGGACGCUCGGCGGCUCCCUCCGCAACGUCCCCAUCGGCGGCUCCACCCGCAAGCGCCCCCGCCCCUCUCGCCCCGCCCGCGCCGCCGUCGCCGCCGCCAUCGCCGCCGCCGCCGCGGCGAGCGCGAGCGGCUCCCAGAUUGCCGCCCAGCAGCAGCAGGCGCCUCCUGUGGUGAUGAGCCAGCAUGAGGCGGCGGCGGCGGCGGCGGCGGCGAGCGGAGGGGGUGGAGGUGAUGGACUACUCGUGUCGCUGCUCGGCGCGGCGCCGGUGCUGGAGGGGCGGCUCGGCGGCGGCAUCGGCGUCGACCUCCUCGGUGGCGAGCAGCUCGGCUUCGGGGCGAUGGCGAUGCCGCCGGCGCCGCUGCUGUGGCCGGCGAGGGUCCUGGAGGGCGGCGACGCGUGGAAGUCCGCCGCCGCGGCCGCCGGCGUGUCGUACUCCCCGUUCCCAGCGCUGUGGCAGGAGCUCGCCGCGGCGGCGCCGGUGGAGCUCGCCGGCGGCGGCGGGCUGCUACGCCACGGCGGCGGCGGCGCCCCGCAGCUGAUGUGACACACGCAUGCAUAAUGGCGCCGUGUCGUUUGCCAUUGUUGGGUACGAGGACUGGAUGCAUGCGUGAUGAUGACGUGGCAGGGGGAGGAAGACAUGCAUGGCAGUGUGUAGGUAGACAGGUGGUACUAUGUGCUAGGAUUACUGAGAGAUUGUCUAGUUAAUCUGUUGAGAAAUUUAAAUCAUAAUCUAUAUAAUUGGUUAGUA